AUGUUCACUUUCGGCGUGACGCUGUCGCUUCUGGCUGCAAAGGCGACCUUCGCAUUUAUAGCCGACUCGAACGUGACGGACGCCUGUGCACAGAUCGCGAGUGCUAUCUCGAGCGCAUCUGAUGUAUACUAUCCGCUCUCAGUCCAGUAUGAUGAAGACAUCGAGCACUGGGCAGGUUCAAGCACUCAGGAAGCGACAUGCUCCGUGGAACCUGGUACUGUAGAUGAUGUGGGGAAAAUUUUGCAGAUCGUAGGAUUAACGAGAACACCAUUCGCGGUCAAAGGUGGCGGUCAUGCUACAAACGUCGGCUUCUCCUCGACAACCGGAGUACAGGUCUCCAUGACGCGGUUCAACAAUAUCACACUCAGUGAAGACAUGGCCACCGUUGACAUUGGCGCAGGCUUGACAUGGGAUGAAGUAUAUGAUGCGCUUGACGGCACUGGAAUGAACGUAGUAGGAGGUCGAGUAACGGGCGUGGGUGUGGCGGGUCUCACACUCGGAGGAGGAUACUCGUGGAAGACGAGUCAAUACGGAUUGACGAUCGACAACGUCGCGGAAUUUGAGCUUGUGUUGCCGAACGGUACUGUGCAGAGUGUGACGGCAGAAAACGAGGAUCUGUGGCUUGCUCUGCGUGGUGGGAUGAACAACUUCGGAAUCGUUACUAACUUCAAGUUCAACACGGUCCCGCAGAGCGAUGUCUGGGGUGGUGUGAUCACGAUGACCGGAGACCAGUUCCCAGCUGUCUCCGCCGCGAUAGCCAACUUCUCAGCAAACAACACAGACACCAAGGCGGCCAUCCUGCCCUCAUAUAACUCUGCUGCAGGUCUGCCGGGCAUGCUGCUGAUUUUGUUCUAUGAUGAUGCGACCCAGCCAGGACUCUUCGACGCGUUCAUGGAUAUCCCUGCGGUCACGUCGGAUGUCAAAACGCGUUCGUUCGUUGACUUUGUUACGUCGAUACCGAUCAGCCUUGCGCCCCCUGUGCGUGGCGCGUUUCACACGACUUCGGUGUUGGGUUACUCGCCGGCCAUUCUCGACCUGAUCGUCAACAUGACGCUAACGUACGGCCCGGAGCUCGCACUUCUCGAUUCGGCCGUUCUGAUCUCGAUAGACGUCGAGCCCUUCGCCUCGACACUCUUCACGCACGGCUCCGACUCGGCUUGGCCGCCAUCGCGCUCACAAGCCCUCCUUCCAACGAACGUCUACUUCUCAUGGGUAUUACCCAGUGCAGACGAGAUGAUGUGGGCGGUGAUGGAAGAGAUCGAGGGCAAUGUCACUGCGCUGGCUGUUGCUGAGGGGCAGGAUGUUGAACAUGCAGCGAAAUAUGGGAAUGAGGCACUGGGCGAUACGACCGUUGAGGAGAUUUACGGGAAUAAUGUCGUAAGGCUGAGAAGUAUCAGAGAGGCAGUUGAUCCGGAGGACGUUAUGGGUCUUGCGGGAGGAUUCAAGUUCUGA